AUGAAGUUGGCUGUUGUGCAGUUCUUCGUUGUCUCUCUUCUCCUUUCAACUUUUCUGUUCAUUCUUUCAAACGCCGAGUCGUCACCAUGUAACGGAAAAUGCAACGUGAGAUGUUCAAAGGCAGGAAGACAAGAUCGGUGUCUCAAGUAUUGCAAUAUAUGUUGCGAGAAAUGUGAUCAUUGUGUUCCCUCAGGCACUUACGGAAACAAAGAUGAAUGUCCUUGUUACCGCGAUAUGAAGAACUCUAAAGGCCAACCCAAAUGUCCUUGAACAUGUUUAAUAAAUUAUAUGUGCUGGUUGACACAUUAAAUAAGGAGUUCAAUAAAUUAUAUGUAUGAAAAAUGUGAAAGAUCUCAAUA